AUGUCAGUGGGCUGUGCCUGUCCUGGUUGUUCCUCAAAGUCAUUCAAGCUGUACUCACCGAAGGAGCCCCCCAACGGCAACGCCUUCCCGCCCUUCCAUCCCGGCACCAUGCUAGAUCGGGAUGUGGGCCCAACUCCCAUGUACCCGCCUACAUACUUGGAGCCUGGGAUCGGAAGGCACACACCAUAUGGCAACCAAACUGACUACAGAAUAUUCGAGCUUAACAAACGGCUUCAAAACUGGACAGAGGAGUGUGACAAUCUCUGGUGGGAUGCUUUCACAACUGAGUUCUUUGAGGAUGAUGCCAUGUUAACCAUCACUUUCUGCCUGGAGGAUGGACCAAAGAGAUACACCAUUGGCCGGACCCUGAUCCCACGCUACUUCCGCAGCAUCUUCGAGGGGGGUGCUACAGAGCUCUACUAUGUGCUUAAGCACCCCAAAGAGGCAUUCCACAGCAACUUCGUUUCCCUUGACUGUGACCAGGGCAGCAUGGUGACCCAGCACGGCAAACCCAUGUUCACCCAGGUUUGUGUGGAAGGCCGGUUGUACCUGGAGUUCAUGUUUGAUGACAUGAUGCGGAUAAAGACGUGGCACUUCAGCAUCCGGCAGCACCGAGAGCUCAUCCCCCGAAGCAUCCUUGCCAUGCAUGCCCAGGAUCCCCAGAUGUUAGAUCAGCUCUCCAAAAACAUCACCCGGUGUGGGCUGUCCAAUUCCACUCUCAACUACCUCCGACUUUGUGUGAUACUCGAGCCCAUGCAGGAGCUUAUGUCCCGCCACAAGACCUACAGCCUCAGCCCCCGUGACUGCCUCAAGACCUGCCUCUUCCAGAAGUGGCAGCGCAUGGUAGCGCCCCCCGCGGAGCCUGCACGGCAGCAGCCCAGCAAACGGCGGAAACGGAAGAUGUCUGGGGGCAGCACCAUGAGCUCGGGGGGCGGCAACACCAACAACAGCAACAGCAAGAAGAAAAGCCCAGCCAGCACCUUCGCCCUCUCCAGCCAGGUACCUGAUGUGAUGGUGGUGGGGGAGCCCACCCUGAUGGGCGGGGAGUUCGGGGACGAGGACGAGAGGCUCAUCACCCGGCUGGAGAACACCCAGUUUGACGCGGCCAACGGCAUUGACGACGAGGACAGCUUUAACAACUCCCCUGCCCUGGGCGCCAACAGCCCCUGGAACAGCAAGCCUCCAUCCAGCCAAGAGAGCAAAUCGGAGAACCCCACGUCACAGGCCUCCCAGUAA